AUGCAGGGUGUCAAGGGACGCAGCCCCCACUGGGAUAUAAUCGGCUCGAAGCUACGCGAGGUUGUCGACAUCCUAAAUGACGGUUAUGGUGACAGCGGCGGUGAAUCUCAACAGGUCGGUCAGCUUGGAGCGUCGUCAGAGUCUCCUGGAGAGCUUCCAACACCAGUGUCACCGAUUUUUUCCGCACAAUGCAAACCCCCUUCGAGCGGCCGAAAGCGGCCUCCUCCAUUGUCCCGAAAAAACGGUGGCAGCUGGUGUACAUCAGCGCUCGAGCUUGCCAGCAUCGGAAAGCCAGAAAGGUCGUCCCAUGCCACCCCCAACAUCGACUUCGAGUGCCAAAAAGAAGAAAGACUGCCGGGCUCAGAAACUUUCAAACACCGGCGCGAGGGCACGUUCGACGUCACCAGCUGGUGCAGCCUCAUCUACACGGGGCUCUCCAACAAAGCGCGGUGA